GGUCUCGCGCCCCGGUGCCAUGGCGUCCGGAGAGGAGGACGGAGCGCUCGAGGAAAAGGAAACAAACAACAAAAAGCGGACGAAGAGCAUUAUUGCCACAGCAUGGCUCAUGUUCUAUAAUAUCGCCAUGACGGCCGGGUGGCUGGUGCUGGCUGUUGCAAUGACUCGCUACUAUCUCCAGAAAGGCACGCAUAAGGGCUUAUACAAAAGUAUAGCACGGAUACUUAAGUUUUUCCAGACCUUUGCUCUUCUGGAGGUUGGGCAUUGUGCAAUUGGAAUUGUACGGACAUCUGUGAUUGUGACUGGGGUCCAAGUAUGCUCUCGAGUGUUCAUGGUUUGGUUCAUCACACAUAGUAUCAGACAAGUCCAGAAUCAAGAGAGUGUGAUCUUGUUUUUGGUGGUGUGGACAGUCACUGAGAUCACACGUUACUCCUUUUACACUUUCAGUUUGCUUAACCAUCUGCCUUACUUCAUCAAAUGGGCCAGAUAUAAUAUGUUCAUUGUCAUGUAUCCUUUGGGCGUGAUUGGUGAACUGAUGACCAUAUAUGCUGCUCUGCCAUACGUUCGGAAAGCGGGCAUGUACUCUUUAAGACUCCCAAACAAAUACAAUGUCUCCUUCGACUAUUACUACUUCCUCAUCAUUGUGAUGCUCUCCUACAUCCCACUGUUUCCCCAGUUGUAUUUCCACAUGCUGCGUCAGAGAAGAAAGGUGCUCCACGGGGAGGUUAUAGUAGAAAAGGACGAAUAGAAAAAUACCGCACCGUACCAAUCACCACAGCAAUCAAUUCAUGCUCAGACCUCUAUACAGUGGAGAAAGAAGAAUACGUAGAUAAUAUCGAACAAGAUGAUCAGCAACCCAACAUACAAACUGCAGCACAUUGGAAAUGCUCCAGUACCCAAUCUCUGUGACAGCCACUCUUCUGUUAUUCAGAACUGGGUGCUGUUCACUUGGAUGGAAAUGCUCCCAGUAUUACCGAACACAUCCAAAUUAUGGUCAGUUAAAGCAGUGAAACGUUUGGUUACAUUUUAUGGGAUUCAUCACAUAAAGGACUGCCACUGGAAUAAACUUAUUCUAUUUUGGAUUACAUCUUUUAUUUCCUCACAUCAUCUUCUGUAGUCUCUAGUGUUCUGCUCACCAGCAGUGGAUUGAAUCUCAUUCUGGAUUAAAUCUCACCUUUCACUGGACUCAACCUUAUCUGUAUUUGGAAUGUAGCCAAGAGUGGAGAAAUGGCGAAGAAAAGGUGAAAUGGUAACUUGCUGAUCACUGUGAAUGCCAUUUGAAAGUUUUGGACUGGCUUGUUUAGUCAAGAAACACUAGUAACAUUAGUGCAGAAAAGUUUCUUUUUUAUGAUAAAAUAGUGAUAGGAUAACGUGGAAGAGAGUGUAACCAUUUUAGAGAUUGAUUUUACAGCAUUUCCUUUGUGAGAAGCAUUGUACACUAAGCAAAAAAAAAAAAAAACGGUUGAGCCUGUAUUCUAAAAGAGUCAAACCUGGUGUGUUAUGUAAGGAAUAAAACACGAUGGCGCAUGGAGUUAUAGGAAAAUAAUUAAUGAUGAGGUGGCAUAACACUAUUAACACCCUUAAGUUGAUUCUUUUCCUAUUAAAUCACAUCCCAAAGUGGUUUAUUCCUCUCAUAUCACAGCAAUUUGCCACUGAUUGCAUUUUUAUAAAUUAAAACACAUUCAGAAUAUCUUUACGUUUAAUGUUGUAGAAAGUUCACAAACCAAGUUAUUUCCUGUUAUUACUUACAUUAUAGGAGCCAUAAACCGCCAUACCCUCACCAGGCUUUCUAUUUUUAUAUUCUUUAACUGAAUGUCAAAAAAAUUCACUUUGCCAUUAUUGAGAACCAGAAAGUUCACUGAUACAAAGUGCUGACACCAGAGAUUUCUUUCAGAAAUGUUAAAUAAGCAUCUCCAUCCAGAAAGGUUUGCCAUAUUAAUGAGUAUCCACUUUUCUUUGUUAAACAGCGUGGGGUUUUUUUUAGCCCUUUACCCAUUUAUUAGUCUUAGAUUAUGUGUACCAUUUGCCAUAAAAGUCCCUGUGAAUGAGCUGUUACUGUAAAACAUAAACGUAUUACAAUGAGCACAUUGAUGUAACCCUGUGUGUUGCCUUGCAGCCACCACUACUGAGUUGUGCUAUUAAAGAAAGUAAAUCAACACUUUCUGACCAAUCAGAAUUGAGAAUUCAACCAGGCUAUGAUAUAAAAAUUCAAUGUAUUUUAUGAUAAGAAUCUUCUACGUCAGCAAAAUUUUGUCCACUUUCUUAUGUUUCAAAUGUAUAUACAUGAGCAUGGUGUCAGGAAAAUGUUGCAGUUUUUUUUUUUAAAUACUUCAACUGCACUAUGACUCUGUUUCUUAAAUGUUUACAUCAGUAACAGGUGUUUCAAAAUUGGUGUUAAUUGUUCAGGGAUAACCAGAAAAUGAACAGCUAACUGACAGGUCAGCAUGAUCUCACUUUGCAAAUUUAUACACUCACAAUUUCAGAUUUUUAAGAAAUAAAAUAAGACAGAAUAAAGAGUGAGGCAAUAAAUCUGUUCGGAACCCUGACUAGCUCCGUCAGUCUUCAUAGCAUGGUGUUGUGGUUUUAUGUUUUGGUUCAUUCCAUGUCAAGGUACCUUGUGUUAACAUCCAUCACAGAUCUUGUAACCACUAAAUCAGAAGAUACAGAGUGACAGAUACACACUUUUCCAUGCUUAUGUUUAUUGAAUGGAACAAAAAUUGCUUUUCGGAUGUUUUCUUUAAAUUGGAAUGUUAUAAACAAUUCGUUUUUGUAUAACGUUGUUUUAGUUAGGACAACUCGGGAAGACAAGAUCUGAAUUUCACCACAAGCUCUGAACCGCACAGUAUCUAAAUAACAUGUAACAUGAUUACUGAAAUAAAAGCACUCAAUCAACAAACCCAGUUUUCACAAACAUUCAGCUUGGAAGACAAAAUUUAAGCGAUGCUAUUGUAUACCAGUGUUAUUUCUCCAUUUAACAUUACUCAUGCCAGAGUUCAUCUGAUACCCCACAGCCAACAAUAACACCAACAACCAAAGUUACCAGACUCCACUGUUGUAUGAUUUGAUACAGGAGACCACCCAGGUUCAUGGCUAACAUAGUACAUGGUCUUAAAUUUAUUUUAUGAAAUAACUGUGAGUGAAAUAUCAGGUUUUGGUUUUGAUCAGUGCACAACGUACUGUAAGCCAGUUUCACUCUGAUUCUGACUGAAAUGGUUCCAAGAACUGUGAUGAAUAGGUCUGAAGUUGAAACCACCUAAAAUAACAUGGAAAAGAUGGCAUGGAAUGGUCUUUUCAUAAUUUUUUUUUUAAUUAUUUUUAUUUUAUUUUUUAAAGAAACAAAUUUGUUGAGUAGGGUCUCUCUCUAAGGUGCUACUGUUACAUAAUUUCAUUCUUCUGUGCAGCUGAGGAGAAAAGGGACAGGAGUUCAAGGCAAAGGACAUGAAACAAAGUGGAAUGACAUUUUAAAAAUGUGAAUACUUAAAAUAAUGAAUAUGUUCAUUUAAAUAAGUGCACUGCAAGUUUUUAAGUGUAUUGAAUAACCAUCAUGAUAAUCGACUGGCAUAAGGAACAAACAAUAAAAAGGACUAUGACGAUGCA